AUGAAGCUCACCCUCAUUGUCGCGGUAGGCUGCUCGCACGCCGCGGGGCGGGCGCCUCCCUGCCAGCUCCAGAACGGCACGAUUGACUACAACGCGGCGCCGCCCAACCUUUCGACGCUGGCCAACUCGAGCCUCUUCGACACAUGGAGGCCGAGGGCCCACGUCCUCCCGCCGUUCGGCCAGAUCGGCGACCCGUGCAUGCACUACACGGACCCAGAGACGGGUCUCUUCCACGUCGGCUUCUUGCAUGACGGUGCGGCCGGGGCGACCACCGACGACCUCGUCACGUACCGCGACCUCAACCCAGAUGGCAGCCCCUUUAUUGUGGCCGGCGGCGUCAACGACCCCAUCGCCGUGUUUGACGGCUCUGUCAUCCCGAGCGGCAUCGACGGCAAGCCGACGCUGCUCUACACGUCCGUGUCCUUCCUGCCCAUCCAGUGGACCAUCAAUUACACGCGGGGAAGCGAGACCCAGUCCCUGGCCGUGGCUCGUGACGGCGGCCGCAACUUCACCAAGCUGCCACAGGGCCCCGUCAUUUCGGACCCGCCGUUCGCACUCAACGUGACCGGCUUCCGCGACCCGUUCGUCUUCCAGAACGCCCGGCUCGACUCGCUCCUGGGCAGCGAGAACGAGACGUGGUACGUCGUCGUCUCGGGCGGCGUCCACGGCAAGGGUCCCAGCCAGUUCCUCUACCGCCAGCGUGACCCGGAGUUCCAGUACUGGGAGUACCUCGGCCAGUGGUGGCACGAGCCGGCGAAUUCGACCUGGGGCAAUGGCGACUGGGCCGGCCGGUGGGGGUUCAACUUCGAGGUCGCCAACAUCUUCAGCCUGGACGAGCGCGGAUACAACCCCGAGGGCGACAUCUUCACGACCCUCGGCGCAGAAUGGUCGCUCGAGCCUGUCGUGCCGCAGGUGUCCGACUUCCGCGACAUGCUCUGGGCAUCGGGCAACAUCACCCUUAACGAGGACGGCAAGCCCCAGUUCACGCCCAGCAUGGCCGGCCGCCUCGACUGCGGCGCCUCCGCAUAUGCCGCGGCCGGCAAGGUCCUGCCGGCAUCCUCCCAGGCGUCGACCAAGAGCGGCUCGCCCGAGCGCUUCAUCUCGUACCUCUGGCUCACCGGCGACUUCUACGGCACCGCGAAAGACUUCCCGACCGCGCAGCAGAACUGGACCGGAUCCCUGCUCCUGCCGCGCGAGCUGAGCGUGGGCCGGAUCCGCAACGUCGUCGACAACGACCUCGCGCGCGAGACCGGCUCGUGGCGGACCGUCGCAAACGCCUCCGGGCUCGUCGAACUGGCAACCCUCAAGCAGGAAAUUGCGCGCGAGCCGCUUGCGGUGCUCAAGUCGUCGUCGUCGUCCUCCUCCUCCUCCUCCUCCUCCUCCUCCUCCCCCCCCUCCAAGCGCAUCACCGAACCGGGCCGCACGCUCAACGCAUCGGGGAUUGUGCCCUUCGCGCAGUCCCCGGCAUCCAAGUUCUACGUGCUCGAGGCCAAUCUGACCUUUCCGCGCUCGGCGCGUCGCAACGAGUCCAGGAGCAGCAGCAGCAGCGACUUCAAGGCCGGGUUCCAGAUCCUGGCCUCGGCGGAGCACGGCGAGGUCACGACGAUCUACUACCAGUUCUCGAACGAGAGCGUCGUCAUCGACCGCAGCAACUCGAGCGCCGCCGCGAGGACGACCAAGGGGAUCGACGCGCGCAAUGAGAGUGGCAGGCUUAGGUUGUUUGAUGUUGUUGACGACGACGAGGAGGAGGAGAUGAAGAAGGUGAAGGUGGAGACGCUCCGGCUGACCGUCGUGGUGGACAAUGCUGUCGUCGAGGUCCAUGCUAAUGAGCGCUUUGCGCUGAGCACAUGGGUUCGGUCAUGGUAUGCCGACUCGACCGAGAUCCGCUUCUUCCAGGAGGGCGAGGGAGAGGUCACGUUUGGGGAUGUGCACGUCUAUGAAGGCCUUUAUGAUGCCUGGCCCGACCGGUAG